AUGAUUGUUUGUCAUCUCUGUCUUCCCUUCAUAUAUGAGGUGAAGGUUAUUAAGGGAUUUGGAUGCUUUGCAUUGACAGAGCUUAGCCAUGGCAGUAACACAAGAGCACUGAGGACAACAGCCAGAUAUGACCCCAGCACUCAGGAGUUUGUGCUAAACAGUCCAGACUUUGAAGCAGCAAAGUUCUGGGUGGGGAACUUGGGGAAGACGGCCACUCAUGGGGAUCCAAAGUCUUUGUUGGCCAUGCCAGGAGUGAUGGUUGGAGAUAUGAGGAAGAAACUGGGUCAGAAUGGUCUGGAUAAUUGUUUUGCAGUGUUUCACAAUGUGAGGAUUCCUCGGGAAAACGUAAACAAAACAGAUGUUACGCCAGAUGGGCGCUAUUUUUCACCUUUUAAAGACCCAAAUAAGCAGUUUGGGGUGUCUUUAGGGGCUUUGUCAGGAGGCAAGGAGGGCAUUACAAGGAUGGCACUGGUCAAUCUGAAUCUGGCUGUGACUGUGGCUGUGCGCUUUUCUGCCACAAGCAGACAGUUUGGGCCCAAAGUGGAGAUUCCAGUGUUGGAAUAUCAGUUGCAUCCAUGGUGUCUGAUUCCAUACCUGUCAGCAGUUUACGCACUGGAGCACUUCAUCAAAUCCUUCACCAUGAAUCAUGUGUUUAUCUUUUCAUCUUUAGUGAACCGCCUGGGAGACAUGCGCAAUGACAAUGACCCAAACUGCACAUAUGAGGGAGAUAACAAUGUCCUCCUCCAGCAGACUAGCAACUAUCUGCUCAGCUGGCUUCAGCAAAAUCAGCAAGGUAAAGGAAAGAUUGAAUCCCCUCUUAAGACUUUAAACUUCUUAGACGACAUGAGCAGCAUUCUGCAGAGCAAGUUCAUAGCUGCCUCAAUGGAAGAGGGCAUGAACUCUGCCGUUCCUUGUAAAAUGUAUAAGUGGCUGGUGUGUUUCUUACUGGGUGAGAGCCAAAGGAAGCCCCUUCAUGAGAAAUUGUCUGCUGGGAGACUUGAGGCUCGAAACAACAGCCAAGUCUAUUACUGCCGAUCACUGGCUAUUGCCUAUAUUGAGUACACAGUGCUGCAUUUCUUCCAUGACCUGUGUCAGGAUGAACAGACUCCAGCUGCUCUCGGAUCAGUCUUGAAGCAUCUCUGUACUCUUUAUGGCCUGUGGGCACUCACCAACCACAUUGCCAUCCUGUAUCAAGGAGGUCAUUUUUCUGGUUGGGAGCCGGUUGACAUAAUACAGACUGCCAUACUCAGUCUCUUUGGCCAGCUGAAGGAUGAUGCUGUGGCACUGGUUGAUGUGGUGGCUCCUCCUGACUUCAUCCUGAACUCUCCCACUGGCAAAGCUGAUGGUGAGCUCUACAAAAACCUGUGGUCCACAGUCAUGCAGGGCAAGAAUGUUCUGGAACGGCCAUCUUGGUGGGCUGAGUAUUGUUGUGACAAAUAUGUAGUUGGGUCUCUUCGAGCUAAAUUGUAACUCCUAGCGCUGGAGAACGGUUAGGAAACAAAAUAACUGGUCCGUUAGUCCAUUUGUCCAUGAAUGGACUGUCUUUGUUUAUAUCGCUGGUGCUUUAAGGAAUGGACUAUAAAAUAGGACGCAGAUGGUGGAAAACCCUGAGAAGAACCUCAGAAUUAAAUUGAACUUAAUCCAACCCAUUUGCGCGUCGAGCGGGGAAUUUCGCCAAACCCACUUGCGCAUAGAUUUAGCGCACGCUUGCAGGAAAAUACCAAAACUUCAUGGCUUGACUAUUGGCUUUGCACUUACGACUUAUGGCAUAGCGUUGUGUUUAGCAUUGCAUUUAGCGCUAGCACUCUUAAAAUAGGGCCCUGUAUCUGUAGAUUCUAUAAAAGUGGGAGUGUUCAUUUAUUUUAUUGCACUAACAACCAAAGAGUAGUAACAAAAACGUCUCAGCACCUUAGUGAUAUUGC